AAAUUGACGAAUAAUGGAAAAUACAACUCCGCCGGUCAUUCGUCACAAGCCUUUACUGACUGAAGAGAGUAGGAAACAAUCGGCCAGUGAUCUACAAAGUCGGCUCAAAACCAGGAAGCUGUUGGGAGUUGGUGAAUUGGCCAGAGACAAUGGCGAUAUCUACAGGUCUAAGAUCUCACAAUUACUGGGGAUUAAUGAGAGUCUCUACGUACGGCUACCACGGGGUUUACUUUACUGGAACUCGUUGACUACACUGUAUUUUUAUCUUAUUGGAUUUCUGUGUAUCGCCGUACCAACUAUUGCGAUUCGUUUGGACUAUGGUCUUGAAGUGAGGUCGGAAGAGAGCGCAUUUAUGAUCAGAAUCUAUGGUGCUUGCUUGCUUGCGUUCGGGAUAUUAUUUAGGAGUAUCCUUCUGCAGCGAGAAAACAGAGCGGAAAUUGCUACAUUAUUAUUAGUUACAGCAUUACUUCAUGCACUUCAGCUUUCAGUUUGUCUUUUGUCUGGUCAUCGUCAUAUGGCGCCCUGCGUUCUUCGUAUCGUGGCAAUCGUAGGAAAUCUCAUCUAUCACACUUUUGUCGACGGCCAAGGCGGUGUGUAUAGGCAGGUCUUACGCGUCAUCGAAGACUACUCGAUUUCGAUGUCAAACAGUGAGAUUCGAGAAUCCUCGGCUGAGCGGAGACCACCGUCAUCGUUGAAGCCGAUGAAAAGCGAAUGACCGAGUCUGUUCUCGAUUUGUUGCCUAUCUCCUCGAUUCAUCCUUUGUACAUAACUUCUACAGUCCGACCAUUUAAUAUGGUAGUAUGCGUCGUUGUACGCAAUGUCCGUCUAUGCCGUCUCUAUCCUGAAUUUUGUUGUAGUUACUCUUCUUUUGUUUCCUCAAUGUUCCUUGUUCACUCUAAAAUCAUGGGCGAAAAAAAGCACCAUUUUUGCUAUUUGAAUUAUUCAUCUUUCUCU